AUGUGGGAUGAUCUGAGUACAAGGCAGAGGCAGAGGCAGAGGCAAAUGUGCAGGAUGAAAGCAGGUUGGAGUCAGGAGCUGCCACAAGCGAUGGUUGUUGAGGGUUUUUAUAAUGAGGUGUUAGAAGGGGAACGAUGGGGUGAAGUGAGCAAAAGCAUGUGGCAUAGGCAGAUCGCGGGGGUUAUGAAGGAAGUUGCCGUUAUGAAGUGGCCUGCACUCGAGGUAGAAUAUCGAUUCAUUUUGGAGGAACCCGUUAAUAGCCUCGCGACAAAGAACAAAAACAAUGGAUUAGAAGUAAUUCAAUCACAGCCACUCUCCGAAGACCAUCCUAUAACAUUGAAUGCUGGGAGUGCAAAGCGUGUCGCUCCAAGCACUCACAGUUCUCUCCUUAUCCUGGAAAUUCUUUCAUAUGAAUCUCCAGCUGAAGACCGGAGUAAGAGCUUCCAGAGAUACCAAGAUGAUGCAGCUCUAUUGCAGCGGAAGAGGGUGGCACAAGGACAGAGAGCAAAAUGUGCUGUGGAACAUAAGACUGAAAACCGAAGAAUGAGGAGGAUAGAAGAGGGUGCCAUGUGGAAUCGAGGAAGGACCCGAGUGCUCCGAUGCAAGGCCAUCAAAUUUCGUCACGUCCGUCGGCUAAGAGUCCCACAUGGUGGAAGGCUUGCUCGUGAAUCCUUCCAUGACAGCAAGCAUACAUGGCACAAUCCCAUCCAGUCCAGCCGAGACCAUAUCACACUUAUCGACAGCCUUAGGCGGGGUAAUGGAACCACGACCACGCCAUUCUGGAAGCCCACCUCUCACAGAUGGAGGGUUAGCGCUGUGCAGAUGCAGGAAAUCAAUAGUUCCUGCAAGGUCUUAUCAGGUGGGGGCCAGCUGAGCGUGUACUGUAGACUUCGGCUUUCUAUGGCGCGUGAUUUCCGGAGCGGGCGAGAUGUUGGAUAUGUUGCUGUUGGAAGGGGUACUGCCGUUGGACCGAUAGGGCUAUCACGACCGUUGGUGAAAGUCCAGUUCAGCCUUGGGUUGGUAUUGAUGGGGUCCAAAAAGAAAGAAGUGAUCCGGACUCUGGCUAACCCAUUGGGUGCCGCCCCCUUGGAUCCAAGCUGGAUGGCAAUGACUGGCCCUCGUCCUUCACAGAGCCGGGAGAUUUACUAUCCUUAG